CCAAAUACCCAAGUCUUUCAGAGGAACUUUUCAGCUGGAUCCUUCCUAGAAGCACAUCAAAGUGACACUGUCAGAGAAGCCAUGGGGACCCAUCUCCACAUGUUAGUCUGUGUCAGCAUACUUCUGACCCUUUGUCAUCAAAGCUCAGGAUGCCGCAGAGGAACAGAGUCAGAAUGUGAAAAAGCACCCUUUGUGCCUGGAUACAACCUUGCAGGAGAAGGAUUUGAUGUAGUCAAGCUGCAACGUAAAGGUGCCUAUUUAAUAAAUGUCAAAUCCCACAGGUUGGAUAACCGCACAUGUACUGUGUGCAGGAAUCGCUUCCAGGGAGGACAGAUACAGCAACUUCCCUUGUCUAUUGUGGACUGGCGUCCUUUAAGCCGCUGUAGCAAACAGCUGUCAAGUGCUCUUUACCAUUCCAUUGAUUCGCUCAUCAAAAGCUCCACAUCAUUAAUGAACAAUGACUGGGGGAUAGACCUUAACUUAGACUAUUUGGGCAAGGCUGUUUUGGGAGGGAGUCACUCCAAUAUAGCCAAGUUUGCCCAAUCGCAGCACAAGAUGGACACGGUGACCUUUGCUCUUCAUGAGGUCACCUGCACUUAUUAUAGCUUCAGGGUAAUGGAUCAUCCAGAGCUCAGUGCAGAAUUCACUAGACAUUUACUUCAGCUGCCUAAAAUGUACAGCGAGAAAACGAAAUCCCGGUAUCAGAGGAUUAUUGAUACAUACGGCACCCAUUAUAUCCAUCGUGUCAAUUUAGGAGGACGUGUGAGACAAGUCACAGCCUUCCGAACCUGCCUUGCAACCUUAAAGGGAUUUUUGGAUUCUGAAAUAAAGAACUGUCUAAACAUUGAGUUAGAAAUGGCUCUAGGAUUUCUGCCUGCAAAUACAUCAUUUUCUAAUAAAUGCUCCACUAUUCUUAGGGAUAACAUGAGCAUGGGCUUCUAUCAGAGCUUCUUGACACAAAAGUUGGAAGUCUUGGGAGGUGAAAGUUACUUUCCAGACCUUCUGUUUCCUCAGAGCCCAGCUGAUGUUUAUGCGAGCUGGAUGAACAGCUUGCGUGAUAACCCUGAGAUAAUAUCAUAUGUCAUUUAUCCUCUUCAUCACCUGGUAUCUGACCAAGAAUUAAGUUCCAGUCUGCAGAGGGCUGUAACUGAAUACAUUGAAGAGAACAUGCUAACUUUAAAACAUAAUCAGAACCACGAUUGCAAACCAGCACCAAACUUGGAUCACAACUGCUGCCCUCUGAGAGCAGGCCAUGGCACCUUGCAUGUGGUUGUGCAGCGGGCAACAGGUCUAAGCUCAGAUUAUUGGACUCAAACAGAUGGGUUUGUCAAAGUGUGGUACAAUAACAUGUAUAGAGAGACAAACAUAGUGAUGGAUGAUGACAACCCAACAUGGUACACUGGUUAUGAUUUUGGUUCAAUAGAAUUUGGUCAUGCGUUGAUUUUUGAGGUGUGGGACAGUGAUGUAAGAUAUGAUGACCUGAUAGGAAGGUGUGUUGUUUAUCCUGAACAGGGAAAUUACGCACAUAGCUGUGGAUUAACAUCUGGAGUUUUUUAUUUUACCUACAUCGCCCAAUGUGAUGCUCACCUGGAUGGCCAUAGGUGUGGACGAUACUCUCCAAAAGCAUAAGUGCCUCGAUCAGGCAUUUAUAGAAAUUAUUGUUUUGAUCUAAAUCUCACUGUUUUAUUAAAAUUCUAGUUUAACUUAGCUUUUUCACUUAUCAGUACAUUAAAUGUAAUUGCAAAUCACUGUAAAAUAUGAAUGUGGAAAAUAUCAGUUUGCAUGUUUAUUAGUGUCAGUACUUUCUAUAUAGAAUAAUGAGGGCAGGAAAACCUAACAUGUACUUUUCAGCAAUUUCUUGAGUAAUAUAAAUUCAAGGUUAUUUACUUUAUACCUUUUAUUGACAGACAAUUUUUGUUAUUGUAGCUCUGUACCACAGUAUAUGGGAGUUGGAAUUAAAGAGUUA